GCCGCCGGAAAAGGAAGGGCCAGGAGAGGAGGGCUGGUCCCAGACUCACAAUUGGGUAAAAGCCGCACAGUGGGAGCAGCGUCUGUUCUGCACCAACUCCGAGUACUGUUGGAGCUCCAUCCCUUAGUCUUAGCCAACCAUGGGCAGCCCGCUGCGCUCCUUGAUGUUCCUGCUGGCCUUCCUGGCCUUGACCUGGGCCGCGACCCCAAGGCGAAUGCUGGGAGCCCCAGAGGAGGCAGAUGCCAACGAGGAAGGCGUGCAGCGAGCGUUGGACUUCGCCGUGAGCGAAUACAACAAGGGCAGCAACGAUGCGUACCACAGCCGCGCCAUACAGGUGGUGAGAGCUCGUAAGCAGCUCGUGGCUGGAGUGAACUAUUUUUUGGAUGUGGAGAUGGGCCGAACUACAUGCACCAAGUCCCAGCCAAAUUUGACUGACUGUCCUUUCCAUGACCAGCCCCAUCUGAUGAGGAAGUCACUCUGCUCCUUCCAGAUCUACAGCGUGCCCUGGAAAGGCACACACUCCCUGACAAAAUUCAGCUGCAAAAAUGCCUAAGGGCUGAGUGUAGUAGGAUCAUGCAGCUUGUUCCUUACUUGUAUUCCUUCCCUGUAGUGUUUCAUCUCUCAGAAGGGUGCUCUGGAUCUGGAGGGCACCUCCAGUGUGUUUGCACCAGGAGGGAGGUUCUCCACAUCUGAACAGCUGCCCCCUGGUUCCACACUUCUUGCAAUACCUGUCAUGCCUUGCUCAAUUAAAAAAAAUCCUUUGGCUCUG